AUACGGACUUUAUGGUUUCCUUUCUAUAUAUAGUUUGUGAUAACGGAGCAUAACGAGAUCUUUGUACACAAGGCGGAGAAAAUAUUAAAGAUUAAUCUAAAGUAUCUCUGUUAUGUGUUUUUCUUAAUGUUGCAAUUUUCAUUCCUUGACAUCUGUUUCAAGGUACUUGAAAGAUGGGUUGGGUAUUAGAAAUAGUCAAAAUGUGUCUGUAUAUAUCGUUCCCUGUGGGAAUAUUUCACUAUGUCAAUCAGCCAGCUUAUUUUGAUAAACAUGUGAUAAAGGCUAAGCAAGAACACUACCCGGUUGAGAGUAAAAAAGCAAGUGAGGAAAUGGAAAACUUUAUUCGUGAUUUCAACGCUAACAUUGAAAAGGAACGUUUGGAGGCUAUGGAAAGACAAUAUGCAAGCAGUUAAAGAGAUAAUAUUGUUGUAAUGUUUUUAAUUAUGUAAUAUCAUAUAUUGUAUAGAAGGGAAUACCUUAAUAUAGUUAAUAAUAUGACAAAAAUAUUAAUAAACUAUUUCUAAUUCUGA